AAGCUGCCGAUAGUUCCCCUUGAGAAACUCGGCAAAAACUUGAAAUUUCUUCUUCUCCUCUUGUUAAAUAACAAGCAUAGAACCCAGAAAUCCUUCCCCCCAUCUGCAGAAUUUCGGAUCUGAUCUGCUCUGCUACUUCCGGCUGCUGCUCUGCUGUAUGGGGGUGCGAAUUGCUCUGGUUUUUGGUAAGAUUCAGCCAAGAAAUCAUCUCCUUAGCCUUGAUUUAACUUGGGUUACUCUAAUUUUUGGUUGUGGUUCUUGAAUUUGGGUUAAUUCCGUGAGCUUCCCCUGCACUUGCUGCCGGCUUCUCCCCCCGCCAGGUUCGGUUCUGCAGCUGGGAAAUUGUGGGUUCCUGAUCGUUCUGUCAGUUUAGCACUGAGAUCGAAUCUUCGGUUUUAUGCGAGUGAGAAGCGAAACCGAGGACGGGGAAACCAAGGGGAGUAACAAGCCUUGUAUACUUGUGGGACUCGUCUCACGAGUGCACAGCGUCUACAACGUCCCCGGAUUUGGGUUCUGGGGCGUGACAAAUGGCCUCGAAGGCUCCUAUCUAGAUGUAUUGACGCCUACAUCGUAUAAAUGGGUAUAGAUGUCAAGACCUUUUAACCAUCCCUUUUUCACCUCACCAAUUGCUCUCUGUAAUAGGUCACCAUGGAUUUGUGUUGGGUCAAAUCCUUCUUCCCCUUCUCUAGUUGCAUACUCAUAUGCUAAUUUUUCCUAAAAUCAUAUAAAACACAAACAAAUAAAGUUAAUAUAUGAAU